AUGGGCAUUCUACAAUCAACCAACACCUUGGAUGAAGUGAGGACCUCGCUAGCUUUCAAGCUUCAUGGAGUUAGCAAGGAGAAGAAGCAGGAACUCGCCUCAGAAGCGGAGAUUUUCCUGAGCAUGGACCAUCCCCAUGUGGUGCGGCUUUUCGAUGUCUAUGAGGAGGAGGACCGACUAAGUCUUGUGAUGGAGUGCAUGGAAGGCGGCGAGCUGUUUGACCGUGUACGAGAGAAGAAGGUCUAUUCAGAGAAGGAUGCUUGUAAGACCACGCGGAUGAUGCUGCUUGCAGUGAACUACUUGCACAGCUGUGGAGUGGUCCACCGUGAUUUGAAGCUCGAAAACUUUCUUUACGAGAACAAGAACUCCGACUUCUUGAAACUCAUCGACUUUGGCUUCAGCAAAGUUUGGGCCAAGAACACGCGGAUGGAACUCAGCUGCGGAACCUUGUCCUAUGCUGCUCCAGAGGUUCUUGCCAAGUCGUAUACAAGUCAGUGUGACUUGUGGAGUCUUGGUGUCAUUGUCUUCAUCCUACUUGUUGGGUACAUGCCCUUUGCUGGCUCAGACGAGCGAAAGCAGAUUCAUAUGAUUCGCUCAGGGACUUACCUCGUGAAAAAAGAGAGAUGGGCAAAAGUGUCCUCCUUAGCUUCCGACUUUGUGAAGAAUUUGCUGGUGGUCGAUCCAGAUCGCCGCAUGACCGCGCCGGAAGCGCUGGAGCAUCCUUGGAUCAAGAACCAAAAUCUUGCCAGCGAUUGCAUCGAUGAAGCCAUGGUGACCUCGCUGUGUGACUUCGCAAAGGCCCAGAGCUUUCGAAGGUCUUGCAUGAAAUUGAUGGCUUGGUCUCUCACUGCCCCAGAGAGGGCACAAGUGCGAGACGCCUUUAUGGCACUGGACAAAGACAACACGGGUACCAUCACCAUGAAAGACCUCAAAACUCUUCUCGAGGACAACUUUCAUCUUCCGGAGGAAGACCAACAGCACGUCUUCAAUGCCUUCAGUGAUUCAGAGCACCCGAUGGAUGACAAUGAGAUCCAAUACUCGGAGUUUCUUGCUGCGAUGAUGGCUUCCCGCAUUGCUCUUCAUGAUGAGCUUUUGAAAGAUGCGUUCAGGCGUUUCGACACUGAGAGCACGGGCUACAUUCGCAGAGAAGAUCUUUUCAAGAUUUUAGAAAGCGAGACAGAGGUUGCACAAGUGAUGAGAGAAUUGGAUGUGAAUGGUGACGGCAAGAUCUCAUAUGAAGAAUUUAUAGGCUAUCUCAAAGAUGGGAACGCGGCAGAUGAUACCUUGGAGGCCGCGGAGCGGGCCAUCUCCCGGGAAAUCAUUUGCAGACACAGGGAGGAUGGCUCAGAGCCCAGACUUCGAAAGCGCGACAAGCUGAAGGGCAUCUUCCAUCGAAUGUUUUCCAGCUAA